AUGUGGAGAUCGAAUCAGAGGGCAUGGGUCACGCAGUAUCUUUUCAAAGAAUGGCUAUUUAAAGUUUGUGCUCCGAGCAUCAAAGACUACCUUGAUACCAAUGACUUGCCGUUGAAAGCACUGCUGCUAUUGGACAAUGCACCAGGACACCCAAAGGAUCUUGAAGAUAAUUUGUUGACAGACAUUCCCUGGCUGACAGUUCAGUUUUUACCUCUGAAUACGACUUCGCUGAUUCAGCCGAUGGAUCAGGAGUUUUGGAAAGAAAAAUUUGACAUUCUUGAAGCUAUUCGAAUCAUUCAAAAAGCGUGGUCAGAAGUCACACAGCAACAGCUGAUUUCUGCUUGGCGGAAGCUGUGUCCAUCCUUCGUUCAAGGAGAUGGAGGUGAUCAGGGAGACACCCCUGAAAUUAUGGACGAAAUUUUGACAACUGCUAGAGAUCUGGAAUUGGAGGUGAACGAGGAUGACAUAGAAGAGCUCAUAAUGGGACAUGAAGAUGAACUGACGACAGAAGAACUCCAACAAAUUUUGAAUGAAGAACACCAAGAAACACUGCGAAAUGUGUCUCCUUCUGAACAAGAGGAAGACGAAAGAGGACCAAUGCCGACAUCUGCCAUUAAAGAUCUUUUGAAAAAGUGGGAGGAUGUCAAAGCAAUGGUCUUAGAAUGGCACCCAAACCAAGCUGAUGUCAGUAGGGUUGGGGAUCUUUACAACGAUAAUGCUAUUAAUUACUUCCGGAAAAUCCUGAAAAAGAGAGGAAAGCAAUCGACAUUGGACAUGUUCUUCAACGCCCCAUCAGCAAAAAAUGAAAAGGACUGA